CAAAUAGGAAUCAAAAUAAAUUAAUAUAUUUAAUAACAUUUUUUGAACUAGAGAAAUAAAUGUUGGGUUUGAAUAACUCAUGAAGGUUAAUUUGACAGUUAAUGAACAUCCGCAACAAUUUGGCAGGGGCAAGUUGAUUCCAAAAUGGUGGCCGUUUGUUGUGCUUUAUAUGAUUUGUGAACAAUUUUUAUAAUAAAUGACCUUUGCCUGUUGAAUUAAACAAGAAAUUUCCAAUUGGAUUGGAAUUAUGGAUGAAAAAGUGAGUUUGCCUGACAAACCGAGCGAAGAUGUCACUCAAGCCUCUGGAGAUACUGCAGCAGCUAAAGAGGCUGCUGCGGGAGAUAAUGAAGCUUCAGAAAGUGGUGACGCCGGUGCGGAAGCAAUUGGUGACGCCACAGACUCCAGUAGUGACGUAAAAACGGAUAGUGAUGUAACAAAAAGUGCAACUGACCCUGGUGAUGGUGAUGGGGAGAGUGAGUUACAAAAUCAUGUUGACAAUGACGCGGCCACUGAGAACAGCAGUAGUGUUAAAAGUGAUAUUGGUGACAGUAACAUAGUAACAGACACAACUGAUGCUGACAGUCAGGAUACUAAGGAUGAAGUGGACUUAGCUGACAAAGUAUUAGAAGAAUCACAAGACAGUGAAUUGAAUGCAGACAUAGUUGGAAAAGUAAAAGAUGAAUUACCACAAGAAUCAACUUCACAAGAUGAGCCAAGUCAAGAGUCAACCAGUCAAGACAAUAGUGAAACAAAUAGUCAAGUAAAUCUUGAACCUACUGAAACAAGUCAGGAAAGCACAGAGGCAGCUACAGAAGAUAUACCUAUAAAACCUGAUGAAGAAGCUGAGAAAAAUGAAAGUUCAAUAAGUGUUGAAGAAAGCAGUGAAAGAGAGGCUGUUGAAAAAGAGGAGAAAUGUGAGGAGACAAAAGAAGAUGUAUUAGAUAAUGAUGACAAGAAAGACAAUGAUGAGGUUGGCAAGCCUGAGUUUGAGACUGCACCCAACGUUACUGUUGAUGAAUCACAGGAGGACCAUACACAGGCACUGGACCCCUUCGAUGCUUUGCUCAAAGACACAUCUGACUCUAGUCAAGCAAAUGAAACAAAGGAAAAGUCAGAUAUUGCUGUCACAGUUAAUAUAGAUGAUGAUGAUGAUGAUCAUAAUGCUGAUGAUCACCAUGGUGACGUUCAUGAAGAUGACGAGGACCAUCAUACCGAUCAUCCUGAUGAGGGAGGAGUGUCGGAGCUGGCAGAUGAGCCCGGGGCUGAUGAAGAAGUGUGUCUGCUGCCAGAUAUUGAACGGGAAAUAUCUGAAGCCGACAAGGCUGAAGCAGAGAAGGCUUUAGCUGAAAAGAGAAAGCAGGCAGAGGAAGCUGCAGCGGAGGCGGCAGCGAUAGCGGCUGUACCCAAGAAAGAAACUGAAGUAGAUGCUGAAGGAAGUAGAGAUGACCAUCUGAACAGCGAGGCCGUUGAAGAACACGCUGAAGCAGACGUAGCCAACGACGAGGCAUCGCAGGAAAAUGGCGGAGAGAAAGAAAAUGAAAAUGAACAUGAUGAAUCUGUGGAAAUUGACGAUAGUGAGACUGAAAUCCCACACAUUAUCCAGGAGAUCAGCCCGUUUGACAGCACCUGUACGCAGUGUAAGGCUGAACAGCCUUGCACCUACCGAUAUACUACCAAGGAGAAUGAAACUGCAUACUUAUGCUCAGAGGCAUGCGUCAAAGACUUCCAAACCGAACAUGCAGGGCAAUAUUCCAUCACACACAAGAAGUACUUAAUUGAAGAAAUUGCGCCUAAAAUCUUAACAUGCUCAGAAUGUGAAGAAAAAAAAACUUGUUACUUCUAUUACAAUUACGACGGCGAGGACACAAACUACUGCUCCAUGACCUGUCUCAACAGUAUGAUGGCUGAUGAAGCAGACAAAUACGUGUUCAAGAGACGAAGGAUAGUUGCAGAAGAAAUAGCGCCUAAAGACGCCGAGUGCUAUGUUUGCAAUGUUCACAAAAGCUGCUCAUACUCCCUGAAUAGGUAUGGUGAAAAUCUUCUAGUGUGUGAAAAUGCGUGCAUAAAAACCCUAAACGGCAAAGAAAACGGUAGAUAUAUGAUUAAAAAGAAGAGAACUCCAAGAAAACAACCAUCUACGCAGCCACAGAAUCCUCCUUUGCUUAAAUUAAAAGUUAUUAGUAAUGCAACAGACAAAUAUUUAGACGAAGCGUAUAAGAUACAAGCGAAGACGCCCGCGAUGGUGCAAGCUGCGCGGGAAGAGAGAGAACGGUCUUUUAUUCGGAAGUGUAACCAAUGCCAAAUUAUUCUUAACAUUGACGAAAAAUUAUUGACUUGGGAAACUAUGGACUUUUGUGGUGAAUUGUGUUUAGGACGGUAUCAGAACAAAAUUGGAGCUCGGUGCGCGAAUUGUAAGAACAAUGUGCAACACACUAGUUUAGGGAAAUAUUGCGUCCGAUUUGGUUUCGACAUCCGGCAAUUUUGUAACUGGUCAUGUUUAGAAGAGUUUAAGAAAGGGUUGAAGAUAUGUUGUUACUGUCAAAGAGAUAUAUCAGUGGGUCAUCAAGGUUUUCUGGCACCCGUCGGUGAUAAAGGACAGUUUAAAGACUUUUGUUCACAAGCUUGUAUGGAGAAAUUUGACCUGAUGAGCAAAAACCCGAUACCUCAACCAGUGUGGGCGAAGUGUGCAGUGUGUUCCUUAGAAAAAGCAACUUCGAUUGAAGUGGAAGUGAGUGAAGAAUUAUCACAAAGGUUGUGUUCAGAUCCCUGUUUCGCAGCAUUUAAAUUUGUAAACAAUAUCUUCCCAGAUCAAUGUCGUUGGUGCAAAAAAUACUUUGAAAGGAAGCAGAGUAAAUGUUUUACAAUCUACGAAGGUGUAAACGCCCACUGUUUCUGCUCAAAGUCAUGUAUGAAUGUUUAUAUCAGUAAUUCUAGGCAUAUAGUGCCUUGUAACUGGUGUAAGGUGAAGAAAUACAAUUUCGACAUGAUAAGGCGGGUCCAAACAAAUGGUCAGGCCAUUAUGGUGUGCUCACUCAACUGUUUGAAUCUCUACCAAGUUUCCGUUAAUGCUGUGUCUUCCAGAAGAACAAAAUGUGAUAUGUGCAAGAGAACAUCGUUAGCGCAGUACCACUUAACAAUGUCCGAUGCCACAGUGAGGAAUUUCUGUUCAUACCAGUGCGUCAUGACAUUCCAGGGUCAAUACUCAAAGCAUGCGCCUCCGUUAAUACCAGGCGAGGCCAUCGACCAACAGAAAGCGGUACCCACGGGAGCGCCCAGGCGGACGUACCCAGCUGCUAAUAAAGCUGUCAAAGGCCAGCAGCGGGCAGGCGGUAUGCCAGUGAUCUCAAACGUCCAAUCCUUAGCAGCUCCACCUCCGCUCAUGCCGUCUAUGACGCGACAGAAAUCCAAACGCUUACAACAACCCAUACCAGAGCCCGAGCCCCCCGCAGCGCCCAUUACACCCCCUCCCCCUCCCAAACCCCCUACCCCACCACCACCCCCACCUCCCAAAAUCUACAACCAUGUAAUAGUUAAAACUUUACCCCCACGAGAAAUAGCCAAUAAGGCAACUAUGACAAAGCCUAUGAUGGUAUCAAAAGGCGUGUCAUGUAGACCUCAUCCGUGCACAAAGGAAUGUCAGACGGAUCCUAGUUUAGAACGACGUGUACUUAUUCCUGUUCCCGUCCCUAUCUACGUCCCUGUACCUUGUGCUAUGUGGUCCCUUCCCUUCCCAGUUCCAGUCCCUAUUCCUAUACCUAUCCCAACACCAGUCUUUAUUCCUACAACUAGAAAUUCAGCUAAAGGUAUCAUGAAGGAGAUAAAUAAAAUCCACGAUAAGAUGCCGACAGAUCCGUUCGAAGCCGAAUUGCUGAUGAUGGCAGAAAUGGUGGCUGGUGACAAGAAAAAAGAUCAGAGUGACUCUGAUACUGAUGAUGAGAAUGAGGAAACCUUUAGUCCUGUGGCGGGUAUGGACGGUAACAAUGCCUUUGGCGAAGACAUGCUGCAGAUGGCAUUGAAAAUGGCGACGGAGUACGAAGAUCAACCUGUAGACCUUGAAUCUGCUAUGACGGCGAAUACUAUCACGCCCAGCUCUCAUCCUGGCAUGCCUGGUUUGGAGGGUGAGAGCAUGCACCAUCACCACAUGAUGGUGCUGGAGCAGCAGCGCGCGGUGGCGGCACUCCGCGCGUCGGCGGCGCCCCGCAAGCGCGCCCCCGCGCCCCCGCCCGCGGCGCGCCCCGCUCGCACGUCCAAGCGGCGCCGCGCCGAGCCGCCGCCCGCGCCGCUGCCCGACCCGCCGCGGGAGCCGGCCGAGAAACCCGACGCCAACAUGUGCCUCAAGUACACGUUCGGCGUCAACGCGUGGAAGCAGUGGGUGAUGACGAAGAACGCGGAGAUCGAGAAGAGCUCGAUACGACGGAAGCCGUUCAAGUCCGAGAUAUUGCAGCUCACGGCGGAUGAACUCAACUACUCGCUGUGUCUGUUUGUGAAGGAAGUGCGGAAACCAAACGGCAGCGAAUACGCCCCCGACACUAUUUAUUAUUUAGUUUUAGGUAUACAACAAUAUUUGUUCGAAAACGGUAGGAUAGACAAUAUAUUUACGGAUCCAUAUUACGAGAAAUUCACCGAUUGUUUAGACGAAGUCGCGAGGAAGUUCUCAGUUUUAUACAAUGACUCCCAAUACAUAGUCACUCGAGUGGAAGAGGAGCAUUUAUGGGAGAGUAAACAACUGGGCGCCCACUCCCCGCACGUCCUGCUCUCCACGCUAAUGUUCUUCAACACUAAACAUUUCAAUUUAGUGACUGUAGAGGAACAUAUGCAAUUAUCUUUCUCUCACAUAAUGAAGCAUUGGAAGAGGAAUCCUAACCAGCCAGGGCAGGCCAAGAUACCUGGCUCAAGGAAUGUUUUACUAAGAUUUUAUCCUCCACAAUCCGCCUUAGAAGCAAAUUCAAGAAAGAAAAAGGUGUACGAACAACAAGAAAAUGAAGAGAAUCCUUUGAGGUGUCCGGUCAAACUUUACGAGUUCUAUAUUUCUAAAUGUAUAUUUUCCAACAGUCCCGAGUCGGUGCGCACGCGCAACGACGUGUUUUACUUACAACCGGAGAGAUCCUGUGUACCAGACUCCCCAGUAUGGUACUCUACGCAAGCGUUGAGCAGACAAGCGCUGGCGAAGAUGCUGCAUCGCGUCAAGAUGGUUAAGGAGAUAAACAUCGCGUUACUCACCAGCUAAGAUUACAUCGCCAGUCUGCACACGGCUUGGAAACUAAUGCAGCGAUGCGGUACAAGUUACUGGCACACUCCUACAGACUACGUUCACCGGAGUACCGCGCGAGUGGGCUACAGGUGGCUCUCGCAACGUAUCUCCGACGUCAACCGAUCGCUUAUGAAAUCUGUUGUUGUGGUGUACAUGUACAUGUAUAUUUUUUCUACUUUGUAUAUCAGUCUGCGUAACGGACGACGAACAUUAAUUAGUUUAUAUAAGAUUACGUUUUUAUAAUGUUACAAUGUUUUAGUCGUAAGUUCUGUGCGGGACUGUUUGUGUAUGUACAGAUAAUGGUACUAAUUGUACCAUUCAAUUCACAUAUUAUUUAUCAUUAUUAUCUAAUUCCUUGGUCUAUCAUUUAUAAAACAUGUGAUUAAUUCGAAUCAUUAGAAAUUUUGUAAAUACACCAAGCGAAACAAGAAUAAUUUCAUUUUGUUUCGGAAUUGUGUGAUACAUUCUCAUUAAAAUAAUUAUUGGCGACUUGGGUUGUAUGUUCCUCAGUGCCAGGAUAUAAAGAUUUUAUGUUUGCCCAUGUGUAAAAUUUGAAUAUUAAUAAUAUAAGAUAGACAUAAGUUAUAAAAUUCCAAGUUUUUAGUGGCAAAUCCACUCCUGUGUAAUAGUAGUACCUAUUCAUUUUAUAAAUUGAGAAAAGUAUAUAAUAUCUCAGAUAGAAAUUUUUAUUGAAAAUAAUUAUAGCUUAGCAAAAGAGUCAGAUUCGUAUUAUAUUUUAAGUAUAAUGGCGUCAGAUAUAAGGUUUAGGAUUAACGCUGUGUAAAAAAGAAUACUGAUUCUCUAAAACUAAGUGUUUUAUUUUAUAUCCUAGACUAGACACUGGUGUGGAUAACGAAGUCCUUAGG